CUCACUACUUUAAACAUUAAAUUGUUGACUUCAAAGAACUGGCUUCUUCACACUCGCUUCUCUUCUUUCAACUCAUAUUUGUAACGCUUUCUAUCAUUCAGACCUACACAAAUCUACAACCGUCAAAAUGAAGACUUCCAACGCCUUUUGUGUCAUCUCAUUUGCAGCUCUGUCAGCUGGCUCCCCCCUUCCUCAGGCUACUUCGGCAUCGUCUUGCACGACCUAUACUCUCCUCUUCGCCCGCGGCACCACCGAGACGGGCACACUCGGUACCAUAGUUGGCCCUGGCUUAGAGAAAUCUGUCGAAUCCACUCUAGGUGCAACCGAAGUCACUGUUCAGGGUGUCGCGUACGCAGCCGACGUGGCCGGUAUUGCCGAGGAAGUGACUGGAUCUGGCCCUGGUUCUGUCGCAAUGGCCCAGGAGGCCGCAACAGCACUCUCCAGCUGUCCAGACACGAAAUUGAUACUCACCGGCUACAGCCAGGGAGCAAUGGUUGUUCACAACGCGGCAACCAAACUCAAGAGUUCGAGCCAAAUUUCAUCCGUUGUUGCGGCGGUCACCUUCGGCGACCCAUACAAGACUGAACUGCCUGCAGGCAUUGCCACGGCUGAUUUCCACACCUUUUGUGCUACAGGCGAUGAAGUCUGCGCUUAUGGCGUAGGCACUUGUGCGGGCUCAGGCGGCUGUACGUCAAGCAGCACAUUGGGCCAUCUUGGGUACGGAGCCGAUGUGGACGCAGCUGCGUCUUUCAUCCAGUCGGCUGUCAAUGGGAGUAGCACCAGCUCCACGGCUUCUGCUGCCUUGGCUGCCACAACGACUGCCGUUGCGCUUAGCUCAGACGCUGGUGCCGUAUCUGGCUUGGAUUUGGACAGUGCACUGGGUUCACUGCCUACAGAUUUAAGUGACUUGGGCUUCAGCAUCCCUACGGCAAUUCCAACGCUAGGGUCUGGUGUGGGCUCCAGUUUUAGCAUUCCUGCAUUCAGCAUCCCUGCUGCUUUGCCCACUAGCCUUUCUGGGCUUGGUAUUGGCGGGCUGUAAGGACAUGUCAUGAAAGGUCAAUCCUAAGCAACAAUUCUUGUCCAGCCUGUUAUGUGAGCUUUUCGAUCUUACUUGCUUAGCAAGUUAAUAUGUGGAUGGAAUUAGGGUUCGGCAUACGAUGAGUUAUUCUUGUACAGAAAGAAAAGGCAGCUAAAACAUUCCUAGGGGGAUACAUUAACUCAGUUGCAAGGGUAUGAAAAGGGUCUUCCUAUGGUCGAAGGCUUGCUACAUCCCUUCUUCUUUUAAGUUCAGUAGAUAUACAAGAAACAAUUUGAGCAGAACAUUGUCCCCAU